UGAUUUAUCUUAAGGAAAGGGAGUACGCAUAGCUGUCAGGUUAUGACACUGGCAUUAAGACAAUAAUAACCCUGAACCUGCGAAAAGGUCAUAUAUCACAUUUCUGGACUUCAAGACGAGAGAUCAAAAUACCUCAGGAAGACCUGUGCUCAAACAUGUUGCAAGCACUGUCAGAAAAAAGGGAGGAAAGUGAAAUGUAUAAAAUUUAAGCUUAAAAGAGAGGAAAUUUAUAAAUAAUUGUACCAGUUGCAUCGAGCAUGUUCGUUGCUUUGGAAGCGAAGAAAACCCAACAACCGGAGACCGGUUGCCGGCAGUUGCUUCGAAAAACACCGAAAGAGCGGGCGACGACGGUGACUCUCUGUGCGCGUUUUUGCGAGAAUCGAAAUCAAAUCAAACUAAUAAAACGAAAACGCGUAAUUUUCGCAGUACCAAAAAUAUUGGAAGAAACUAUACAGAAAAGAUAUAUACUAUUUUUUUACGUGCUCGCGAGUGAUAUAGAAAAAGAGAGUGAAUAUUGAAAAUAUUAAAAGGAACCCCCAAGAUGAACCCCGUCUGAUUGAACACUUACCCUGUCAGAUCUUCGAUCCAAGCUCCAAUAUGCUGCUGAUCCUGAUCCUGAUUCUGUGCCUGGCCAGCAUUAGCUGUGGAAGCAAUCUCGGCCUGAAUGGCCAUCAAGCGGCAGGCGGCUCGAAUGGAUUACAGUGCCAGCGGAUCAGCGUUUCCGCCUGCCAAGGUCUCGGCUACAACAUGACCGCGUUGCCCAACCUGGCGGGUCACACCAAUCAGCUGGAGGCUGAGCUGCAGAUCGCCAAGCUUCUGCCCUUGAUCGAGUCCGGUUGCUCUCGGCGCGCCCGCUUCCUGCUCUGCUCGGCCCUGUUCCCGCUCUGCACGCCGGAUGUGCCGCGUCCGGUGACGCCCUGCAAGUCCCUCUGCGAGACCGUCCAGAGCGAGUGCUCCCAGAAUGCUCCGCCGGAGCUCAUGGAGCUGUGGCCGCCGUUCCUGGGCUGUGCGGGUCUGCCGCAGCCGGAGAAGCACGAGCUGUGCAUGCGAAUACCCGAGGAGGGGGAGGCACCCACGACGAGUCCUCCCUCGGGUCCACCUGAGGGUCAUCUGGCGGCUUUAUCGACGGCAGACAGAGAGAUCUCCUUGCCACAGCAGCAGCUCCAGGCAUAUCGCUUCUGGAACAGUGCAGGAGGAGGAGGCGGCGUCGCAGGAGCAGGAGGAUCUGCAGCGGGCUCGGGAUCAGGAGGAGGAGGUGCCACCCAGGGACUAGCUUCAUUGACAAUCCUCUGUCCGCAGAACUUCAGCGGCAGCCACCUCGAUCCGGAUGUAUGUGUGCCGCAGUGCCAGCGAGAUGCCUUCCACACCACCGCCCAGAAGAAGCUAUCGGAGAGCCUGAUCCUGGGCCUCUCGGCCGUCUGCUUCGUGCUCACCCUCUUCGCCCUGGUCACCUUCUGGGCGGAGCCCACUCGCUUCGGAUAUCCAGAGCGACCCGUGCUCUUCCUGUGCCUGUGCUACAACCUGUUCAGCGUGUGCUACCUGGAGAGGAUCGUGUUCCACAAUCAGGCAAGGAGUCUGGCCCAGCUGCAGGAGCAGGGACGCCCGGCAGGCUUAAGAUCGGCCUGCUUGCUGAGCCCCCCGUGCCUGGCCUCGUAUAUAACCACCUCUUACCUGAGCUUGUGCGCCGCCAGCUGGUGGCUCAUCUUCGCCCUGUGCUUCUACCUCUCGUCGCACAAAAAGUGGUCCAGUGAGGCGCUGGAGAAACGCUCCGGGCUGUUCCAUGUCCUGGCCUGGGUGCCACCGCUGGCUCCUCCGAUAGCUGCCCUGCUCCUGGACCGUGUGCGACCCAGCGAGCUGACCGGAAUGUGCUACGCCCCGGGAUUUGUGGAGCUGCCCGCUUUGGUGCUGCUGUUCCUGGGCCUGUAUUUUACGCUACGCGCCUCCAGGUCGCUGCAUUCGCUGCAGCAGCAGCUCCAGCCGACGCUUGCCCUGGCCCACCAUCGUUUCGGCCAGAUUCGGAAGCGUUUCGUCAUCUUCUCGCUGCUGUAUUUCGUACCCACGGCCGCUGGAGUGGUGGCGGCACUGUGUGAACGCUACGCGGACUCGGUGGUGCCCAGCUGCUCCACGCCGGAGGACUGUGCCUCGCCCAUGCCGCUGAGUGCCUGGCCGGCGCUGCUGAGGAUCUUCUUCCAACUGGUCGGCGGUACACUAACCGGCCUGUGGGUUUGGUCCCGCAAGACCUGCGAGAGCUACCGGAAUCGCCUGGUAGCCGGCGGCGCUGGAGGAGGAGGAGUCGGUGGUACCCACACCUCGGCGCUGAUGAACCCAACCAAGUCGGGAGCGGUGGUUGGAGCGGGGCCGCUGCCCAAGAAGCAUCUGUAUACGAGCGGGAAGUCCAUGCUGCCAAGCGGUGGCAUUACGACGCCGCUCUACGCGGGCAUCAGCUUCCACAACGUGCCCGUCUAUAACCCGAAUCAAUCGAGGGUUUAGGUGGGGGUCACCGAGGGUUUACUGUACCAGGAACGAUCCCCUCAUCAUGAAGCAUCACCAGCAGAAGGCUUUAAGCUCUGAUCUGAGUACGUGGACCUCCAUGUAUGCGUAGUUUGUAGGAAUACCUGAAAUGUGUUAAUAGUUUUAGAGUCAAUUGUAAUUAUUAUUAUUAUUAUAAAUA